GGGUGAGCGUGACGGCUGGGAGCCCGAGGCCGUGUUCAAGAAUGUGGGCGACGCCACCGACCUCCUGCUGCUCCUCAAAGACCCCAGCGGCCCCAUCAUCGCCUCCCACAUCGAGGGCCCCCGACCCCACUGCAGAGGCGACGGCCCUAGCGACGACCCGCUGUGCUGUGUCGCUCUUCUCGGUGUGCGGCGCAUUCGAGGAAGACGGUAUCAUCAAGAUCGAGGUGCCCGAGGACAAUCAGGACGUGACGGUGGCGGGCACCAAGGGGGCGGUGAUGAACAGGGACGGUGAGCCAUGCGGCAAGGUGUGCAUCGCCAAUGGCCGCCUGUGGCCGGGGAUCGGCUAUCACGGCCACAGGGAUGAGCUGCCGGCCGACAAAAAGUACAUCGGGACCAUCACCAACACGGGGAACGUCAGCUUGGCCUCAUCGUCGACUUCACGGCUGCCGAUAUGGAGAUCUACACACUGAAGGUCAGGGGAAGAGAAGGAAGACAGACACACACGAUGAAUGAUCCGUCUCCCUGUGUGUGUGUUCAGCCGUCUGCUGGGUGGCAGUGGGUGAGUGCCGUCGCCUCCGUCAUGAUGAACUCACGACCGACGUGAUGACUGUUGAGGGAGGCAGACAGGCAAACACCUGUGUGUGUGUAUGUGAGACAGACCUGUCUGCGCUGCAUUGACACGUCGCAUGGCCGAGUGCUUCAUCGCCGCCGCUGCAUCCAUUCAUCCACAUGUGUGUCUGUGUGGAAGCCGGCGACUCGUUUGUGUCUCUGGGUGUGCGCACAGAGUCUAUCAGACCACUGGGGGUGGCGGGUGCAUUUGAGCCAUCGCAGAGGAUUCUCUCUAUCGAUGUGUGUGUGUUCAUGUCUAUAGCCAGCGGACCUCUGUGCGUGUGGUGUGUCGCGAUGCUGUACAGACAACACCGCUCCGGCUGUGCAGCGGCGGUGUGCGGGACAUCCGUGAGCAGCGAUUCCUUGAGAGUCUGAUGCUGUCCCAGCCAGAUGGCCUUCGUGUGCGCGUCUUCCAGUGGCAUGUGCGGCUGAUCCUCUCAGCGCUGAUGAAGCAUGGCGUGUUGGAGCCGGCCAGGCAGUGAGUUGGAUAGGACGCAGACAGGCGCAGACAG